AUUGCAUGGUAUGAACACAGGAUAAUUCCUAUUGGAGAUAAACACCACACAUGUGAAGAAUGUGACAAACACUAUUAUCAGUCUUCUGGUCUUAAGCGACAUCAAAGAAUCCAUCUGUGAGAGACACCACACAAGUGUGAAGAAUGUGCCAAGGUCUUCUGGACAUACUAAGAACAAUUGAACCAUUUCACAAUUCAUACUAGACUGAAAUGCCACCUGUGAAAAAUAUUGCAAACCCUUUAAUAAACUUACUUAUAUUUCUCAACACAACGUAGUUCAACCUGGAGUGAAUUAGUACAAAUGUUAAAAUGUUAAAAAAAAAGUUCAUACUUCUUGAGACCCCAAAUUUUAUCAAGAACUUCAUUCUGAAUAGAAGUUUGCAGAGUAUGUAUAUUUGGAAAUCAUUCAUAACAACCAUUUCAAAGCUGGAGCUGUCAGAUUCUGUGUUUGUCCUUGCGGAUUUGGGGUUGAUAGUACUUGCUGUCUUUUGUGUUUUCUGUUUUGGAGACAGAAUGUUUCUUCUCUGACAGUGUGUGGUAAAAAUAGUGACUUGUUUUUCUAUUGUAGGAGCUCACAGUCAAUGUGAGUCUCACAUAACACAUGGACUGUGGUCUUUAGUAGUGUUGUAAUUAAGAAAUAUUUUGUGAACCCUCAAGUUGUAGCCUAUCUUAUGAGAUAAAGGCAAGGUUAGUGUGGGUCUUUCAAGUUGUAGCCUAUUUUACUUAUGAGAUGAAAGUAAGGUUAGGGAAAGAGAAUUUGAAUGUUAUGAUUUAAAGCUUUGUGGAUAGAGGACUUUAUUCCACAGAAAAGCAAGAGUUUUGGGUAUAGCCCUCACUCUAAUUGUUUGGGUAUCUGCAUGAAGACCAAGCUGCACAUCUGCUACAUAUGUUCAAGGAUGCUAGGUCUAGCCUAUGUAUGUUCUUUGUUUCCGUCACUAAGAGUCCCCAAUUCUAGGUUAGUUGACUCUGUUGGUCUUCCCUGGAGUUCCUAUUCCUGUCAGGGCCAUCAAUCCUUACCCCAACUCUGACAUAAGAGUCCCUGAGUUCUAUCCAAUGUUUGGCUCUGGAUCUCUACAUCUGUUUUAGUCAGCUGCUGGGUAGAGCUUCUCAGAGGACAGUCAUGCUAGGCUCCUGUCUUAAGAAAAAAUAUACUUGGGAACUGGAAGGAUGGCUCAACAAUUAACAGCAUUAGGUAGUUUUCCAUAGGACCCAAGUUUCAUCCCAGCAUCCGCAUGGCAGCUAACUCCUAUCUGUAAGUCCCGUUCCAAGUAAUCUUCCACUGUCUUCUGGCCUCUUUACAUUGCAUACAGACUUGCAUGGAAAAUUCCUUAUAUUCUUUAAGAAAUAUGUGAGUGAAUCUGCAUAGAAAUGUCAAAGAUCUGUGGAUGUAAAUUUCUCAAUACAUGUUACAGUAAUUGCAAAACCCAACAGAGAAAAGGAGCAGCCCUGUAGUGGUUUUUUUCUGGUUAGAUUCCACUCUAGAUUGUUGCUGCAAUUUCCUUAGUGUAAUAGCAGCCUUUGGAUUAAAGGACAAUUUCUUUCAUGAGCCUUUGGUUUCUUUGUUCCUUUAUAGGCCAGCAUCCUUUAUAGUGUGGAAUGCAUGAAGACAAAACUGCACAUCUGCCACAUAUCUAGGAAAGGCAGGGAGGUCUUUAUAUACUCCUUGGUUCAUGUUUCAGUCUCUGAGAACCCCCAAAGAACCAGGUUAGUUGACUCUGUUGAUCUUCCAGUGGCGUGCCUAACCCAUUUGGGACUUGCAAUCCUUCCCCCAACCCUUCCAUGGAAGUUGCCAAUCUACAUCCUGUUUGGCUGUGGGUCUCUGCAUUCUUACAAGUAAGCUUCUGGGUAGAGCCUCUCAGAAGACCGGUAUGCUAGACUCUUGUUUGCAAUCAUAACUAUCAUUAAUACUGUCAGGGUUUGGUGCUUGCCCAUUGGAUGGGUGUUGCAUGUAUUUCCUUCUACUUUAAGCUCUGGGCAGACUUCACUACCAGACUCACCCAGAAAAUAUUGGAUCCAUGGAUGAAAAACAGAGACAUAAUGCUCAAUUUCAACCUGCCUUAUUGGCUCAAUUAUUCAGUGCUCUUGCUUGAAUAGCAUGCCCUUCCCAAAAUUAUUAGUUUAGCACUGCCCUUAACUUCUCCUUGUUAACAACCCCAGACUGCCCUCAGCUUAGUUGCAUUUCUAAUCAGCCAGAUGGGAAGUGUCCUAUGGUCACUCAGCCCAAGAUCUCACACGGCUGGUCACCUCUUCCCCCUCUGAAUCAUGGCAGGGAGAAAAAUCCCUCGUAGCCUGUCUGUAGGGACCCAGAAAUCCUGGCUCUUAUCUUCUGCCCAGUGAUUGGCCCCUGGCAUCUUUAUUGAAUAAUCAGGAAGCAAUUGGGAAACAGGACCUUAGCAUCCGAAUCAGCCCUUACAGAUUGGACUCAAGUUGGUCACAUUAUGGAUUGGCCAUUCCCUCAGUCUCUGCUCCUUCUCCUAUCCCUGCAUUUCUUGUUGAAAGAAAUUUUGGGUCAAAAAUUUUGUGGGUGCAUUGGUGUCCCUCUUGCUCCAAUGGGCUUCCUGCCUAGCUAUAGGAGGUGGCCACUUCAGGUUCCAUAUCCCCAGUGCUCUGAGUCACAGCUAAGGACACACCUAUUGUCUUAAGUACCUCCACUAUUCCAUAACUCUCUCAUGUCUUGAGAUACCUGCCCCCACCUCUCCAGCACCAUCAGUUGCAAAUUUCUAGUCUCAUAGCCUUCUGGCCAUCUCUCCUGUCCCUCCCAAUACCUGAUCCUGAACACCCCCAUUUCUCUCCCCAUCCCCUCUCCCACCUUGUACCCUCCUUCCAUCUGCCUCCUAUGACUGUUUUAUGCCCCAUUCUAAGUGUGAUUCAAGCAUUUUCUCUUAGGCCUUCCUUCUUUAGCUUCUUUGGGUCUGUGGCUUGUAGCUUGACUAUCCUCUAUUUUAUGACAAAAAUACACUUAUAAGUGAGGACAUACAAUGCAUGCCCUUUUGGGACUAGGUUAUCGCACUCAGGAAGAUAGUCGCAAGUUUCAUGCAUUUGCCUGAAAAACUCAUAAUGUCUUUGUUUCUAAUAGCUAAAUAGUAUUACCUGGUAUAGAUGUACCACAUUUUCUUUAUCCAUUCUUCAGUUGAGGGAAAUCUAGGGUGUUUCCAGUUUCUGGAAUGUAAAAUAAAGCUGCUUUGAAUAUAGUUGAGCAAGUGCCUUUUUGGGAUGGUAAAGCAUCUUUUGGGUAUAUGCCCAGGAGUGCUGUAAUUGGUUCUUGAUUAGUUCUAUAGUCCCAUUUUUUCUGAGAAACUGCCAAAUUGAUUUCCAAAGUGGUUUUACAAGUCUGCACUCCGACCAGCAAUGAAGAAGUGUUCCCCAUGCUCCACAUCCUUGGCAGCAUGUGAUAUCACCCAAUUUUUUUUUUAACCUUAGCCAUUCUAGUUGUUGUAAGAUGGAAUCUCAGCAUUGAUUUGAUUUCCAUUUUCUGAAUGACUAAGGACUUUGAAUAUUUCUUUAAAUGAGUCUGUUGGUAUCUAACUUCUUGAUUUCUUUAAACAUUUUGGAUAUUAGCCCUUUGUCAUAUGUAGGGUUAGUGAAGACUGUUUCUCCAUCUGCAAGCUGCUGUUUUGUCUUAUUGACAAUGUCCUUUGCUUUUAGAAGCUUUUCAGUUUAUUGAGGUCCCAUUUAUCAAUUUUUGAUGUUAGAGCCUAAGCCAUUGGUGUUCUGUUCAUGAAGUUGUCUCCUGUACCAAUGAGUUCAAGGCUAUUCCCCACUUUCUCUUUUAUUAGAAUUAGUAGAUCCAGUUUUAUGUUGAGGUAUUUGAUCCACUUGGACUUGAGUUUUGUGCAGAUUGAUUGAUAUGUACUUUUUUUUUUUUACAUACAGACAUCCAAUUAGACCAGCACCAUUUGUUGAAGAUGCUUUCCCUUUUCCAGUGUCUCGUUUUGCCUUCUUUGUCAAAAUCAACCCAAAGUGUGUGAGUUUUUUCAGCAUUUUUGAUUCAUUUCAUUCAUCAACAGUCUGUUCCUAUACCAAUAUCAUGUAGCUUUUAUUACUAUUGCUUUGUACUAUAGCUUGAGGUCAGUGAUGAUAUCUCUGGAAGUACUUUCAUUGUUUAGGAAUAUUUUUACUAUUAUGCCUCCUUUUUGUUGGGGGGUUGUUUUGUUUGUUUUCAUAUGAAGUUAAGAAUUUCUCUGUCAAUAUUUGUAAGGAAUUGUGUUGGAAUUUUGGUGGGGAUUGCAUAGAAUGUGUAAAUUGUGUUUGGUGAAAUCGCUAUUUCAGUAUAUUAAUCCCAUAAGCAUGGGAUAUCUUUCCAUCUUAUGAUAUCUUCCUCAAUAUCUUUCUUUAGUGACUUGAAGUUCUUGUCUUACAACCCCAUAACUGCUAACGAAAUAGAAGCAGUCAUUAAAGGUCUCCCAACCAAAAAGAGCCCAGGUCCAGACGGGUUCAGUGCAGAAUUCUAUCAGACCUUCAUAGAAGACAUCAUACCAAUACUAUCCAAACUAUUCCACAAAAUUGAAACAGAUGGAGCACUACCGAAUUCCUUCUAUGAAGCCACAAUUACUCUUAUACCUAAACCACACAAAGACCCAACAAAGAAAGGGAACUUUAGACCAAUUUCCUUUAUGAAUAUCGAUGCAAAAUACUCAAUAAAAUUCUGGCAAACCGAAUCCAAGAGCACAUCAAAACAAUCAUCCACCAUGAUCAAGUAGGCUUCAUCCCAGGCAUGCAGGGAUGGUUUAAUAUACGGAAAACCAUCGACGUAAUCCAUGAUAUAAACAAACUGAAAGAACAAAACCACAUGAUCAUUUCAUUAGAUGCUGAGAAAGCAUUUGACAAAAUUCAACACCCCUUCAUGAUAAAAGUCCUGGAAAGAAGAGGAAUUCAAGGCCCAUACCUAAACAUAGUAAAAGCCCUAUACAGCAAACCAGUCGCCAACAUUAAACUAAAUGGAGAGAAACUUGAAGCAACCCCAUUAAAAUCAGGGACUAGACAAAGCUGCCCACUCUCUCCCUAGUUAUUCAAUAUAGUUCUUGAAAUUCGAGCCAGAGCAAUCAGACAACAAAAGGAGAUCAAAGGGAUACAGAUCGGAAAAGAAGAAGUCAAAAUAUCACUAUUUGCAGAUGAUAUGAUAGUAUAUUUAAGUGAUCCCAAAAAUUCCACCAGAGAACUAAACACCUUCAGCAAAGUGACUGGGUAUAAAAUUAACUCAAAUAAAUCAGUAGCCUUCCUCUACAUAAAAGAGAAACAAGCCGAGAAAGAAAUUAGGGAAACAAUACCCUUCAUAAUAGACCCAAAUAAUAUAAAGUACAUCGGUGUGACUUUAACCAAGCAAGUGAAAGAUCUGUAUGAUAAGAACUUCAAGACACGAAGAAAGAAAUUGAAGAAGACCUCAGAAGAUGGAAAGAUCUCCCAUGCUCAUGGAUUGGCAGGAUUAAUAUAGUAAAAAUGGCCAUUCUACGAAAAGCGAUCUACAGAUUCAAUGCAAUCCCCAUCAAAAUACCAAUCCAAUUCUUCAGAGAGUUAGACAGAACAAUUUGCAAAUUCAUCUGGAAUAACAAAAAACCCAGGAUAGCAAAAACUAUCCUCAGCAAUAAAAGGACUUCUGGGGGAAAUCACUAUCCCUGAACCCAAGGAGUUUUACAGGACAAUAGUGAUAAAAACUGCAUGGUAUUGGUACAGAGACAGACAGAUAGACCAGUGGAAUAGAAUUGAAGACCCAGAAAUGAACCCACACACCUAUGGUCACUUGAUUUUUUUUCAUUGAUUUACUUUAAUUUUAUUGAGUGUAUCGGGGAAGAGGGAAAAUGGGUCAAGAGGGAGGGAGGGAGGGGAUCAUGGUGGAUGAUUGUUUUGAUGUGCUCUUGGAUUCGGUUUGCCAGAAUUUUAUUGAGUAUUUUUGCGUCGAUAUUCAUAAAGGAAAUUGGUCUGAAGUCCUCUUUCUUUGUUGGGUCUCUGUGUGGUUUAGGUAUAAGAGUAAUUGUGGCUUCAUAGAAGGAAUUCGGUAGCGCUCCAUCUUUUCCUCCAUAUUGGCUGGUAUGUAGUCUCAGUGUUUCAUGAAAAAGACUGGUUCUGGCCAGGGCAGUCUGGGCACCCUGCUCCUUCUCCUCCUCCUCCUCCUCCUCCUCCUCCUCCUCCUCCUCCUCCUCCUCCUCCUCCUCCAUGAUUGACCACCCCACUGGUGUGCUGUGGUGUGUGUGUGUGUGUGUGUGUGUGUGUGCGUGCGUACACGCGUGCUCGAUCAUUCAUUCGCACUGGUCACUUGAUUUUUGACAAAGGAGCCAAAACCAUCCAAAGGAAAAAAGAUAGCAUUUUCAGCAAAUGGUGCUGGUUCAACUGGAGGUCAUCAUGUAGAAGAAUGCAGAUCGAUCUCUGCUUAUCACACUGUACAAAGCUUAAGUCCAAGUGGAUCAAGGACCUCCACAUCAAACCAGAUACACUCAAACUAAUAGAAGAAAAAGUGGUGAAGAGCCUUGAACACAGGGGCACUGGGGGAAAAUUUCCUGAACAAAACUCCAAUGGCUUAUGCUCUAAGAUUAAGAAUCAACAAAUGGAAUCUCAUAAAACUGCAAAGCUUCUGUAAGGCAAAAGACACUGUUGUUAGGACAAAACGACAACCAACAGAUUGGGAAAAGAUCUUUACCAAUCCUACAAUUGAUAGAGGGCUUAUAUCCAAUAUUUACAAAGAACUCAAGAAGUUAGACUGCAGGGAGACAAAUAACCCUAUUAAAAAUGGAGUUCAGAGCUAAACAAAGAAUUCACACCUGAGGAAUGUCAAAUGGCUGAGGAAUACCUAAAGAAAUGUUCAACAUCUUUAGUCAUAAGGGAAAUGCAAAUCAAAACAACCCUGAGGUUUCACCUCACACCAGUGAGAAUGGCUAAGAUCAAAAACUCAGGUGACAGCAAAUGCUGGCGAGGAUGUGGAGAAAGAGGAACACUCCUCCAUUGUUGGUGGGAUUGCAGACUGGUAAAACCAUUCUGGAAAUCAGUCUGGAGGUUCUUCAGAAAAUUGGAGAUUGCACUACCUGAGGACCCAGCUAUACUUCUCUUGGGCAUAUACCCAAAAGAUGCCCCAACAUAUAAAAAAGACACGUGCUCCACUAUGUUCAUAGCAGCCUUAUUUAUAAUAGCCAGAAGCUGGAAAGAACCUAGAUGCCCUUCAACAGAGGAAUGGAUACAGAAAAUGUGGUACAUCUACACAAUGGAAUAUUACUCAGCUAUCAAAAGCAAUGACUUUAUGAAAUCCAUAGGCAAUGGAUGGAACUGGAAAAUAUCAUCCUGAGUGAGGUAACCCAAUCACAGAAAAACACACAUGGUAUGCACUCAUUGAUAAGUGGCUAUUAGCCCAAAUGCUUGAAUUACCCUAGAUGCACAGAACACAUGAAACUCAAGAAGGAUGACCAAAAUGGGAAUGCUUCACUCCUUCUUUAAAAGGGGAAGAAGAAUACCCUUGGCAGGGAAUAGGGAGGUAAAGUUUAGAACAGAGGCGGAAGGAACACCCAUUCAGAGCCUGCCCCACAUGUGGCCCAUAUAUAUACAGCCACCCAAUUAGAUAAGAUGGAUGAAGCAAAGAAAUGCAGGCCGACAGGAAAAAAUGCAGGCCGACAGGAACAGGAUGUAGAUCUCUUUUGAGAGACACAGUCAGAAUACAGCAAAUACAUAGGUGAAUGCCAGCAGCAAACCACUGAACUGAGAAUGGGACCCCCGUUGAAGGAAUCAGAGAAAGGACUGGAAGAACUUGAAGGGGCUCGAGACCCCAUAUGAACAACAAUGCCAAGCAACCAGAGCUUCCAGGGACUAAGCCACUACCCAAAGACUAUACAUGGACUGACCCUGGGCUCCAACCUCAUAGGUAGCAAUGAAUAGCCUAGUAAGAGCCCCAGUGGAAGGGGAAGCCCUUGGUCCUGCCAAGACUGAACCCCCAGUGAGCAUGAUUGUUGGGGGGAGGGCAGUAAUGGUGGGAGGAUGCGGAGGGGAACACCCAUAGAGAAGGGGAGAGGGAGGGGUCAGAGGCAUGUUGGCCCAGAAACCAGGAAGGGGAAUAACAAUUGAAAUGUAAAUAAGAAAUACACAAGUUAAUAAAGAUGAAGAAAACAAAAAACAAAAAAACCCCUAAGACAUGUGGGAAGCCGAUGUCUUAAGUGAUAAAGCCUAGUUAAUCCUGAUAACCUUACUAAACACAUGAUAGUUCAUGCUGGAGUGAAUUUUUAAAAGGUUUAUACUUCCUCAGCUCUUAAAGCACUUCUGUGCUGCCUAGUCUUAUGUCAGCUUGACCCUCAAACUAGACCUGUCUGAAUGGACUGAACUUCAACUGAGUAAAUGUCUCCAUAAGACCCAGCUUUAAUUGUGUUCUUAGUUAGUGAUUGAUGGAAGGACCCAGCCCAUUUUGGGUGGGGCCAUCCCUGUACUGGUAGUCCUGUAUUGUAUAAGUGAGCAGGUUGAGCCCCAACUCCGGAAAAAAAAAAGAAGAAGAAAGCAGGUUGAGCAAUCCUUAGGGAACCAGCAUCCCUUCAUGGCCUCUGCAUCCUCCCUUCAAAUUCCUGCCCUAUGUGAAUUCCUGUCUUGACUUCCUUCAAUAAUGGUCUACAAUGUGGUGGUGUAAUCCAAACCCUUUUCUCCCCAACUUGCUUUGGUAUUAGUGUUUCUUAGAAGCAAUAGGAACCCUAAUUGACUGACUAAGGCAACAUUCAUUCUGACUACAAACUCCAUGAGUGUGUGGAAUACAGUAAAAUGUUUGCUAACAAUUCAGAUUUUAUCCUAUUCGAAAGAAUCCACAGUGAAGACUAUUAAGUGAAUUAUUUUUUGAAUGUCAGCACAAACAUCUUACUUCCACUAAAAAGGGUAAGAAUGUCAUCAGAGAACAGUAGAGACUUCUGUUCGCUGUAACCUCCCCACCAGUGUGUUCAACAAUGUGGUUGAAUGUUUCAGGGAUUGCGGAGUUUCUUUCCUCUAUAACUGUAUAUAUUUCAGGAAACUGUUGCCAUGCUGUAACUUGGUCCUUUUGGUGCUGGAAUCUGAUUUGUGGGCUGUGGUAAAGUUUCUGUUGUUUUCCUCAGUGGGGUCACUUGAAAUCACUUAUUCUCUGGGCGUGUGAGAAGCUCCAUAAACUCACAUUCUCACAACUCACAAGGUGGACUUUAGUGAGAUUAUCUACAUUGGAUCUAAUCUAAGCUGGAUGGGCAUUGGUGUUUGCCUCUCCAGGAAAAAAACCACAUUGUUGGUCAUAUUUGGUUUCAGAAUGAAGAAUCUCUCAUUUCCUUUAAAUCCUAAACAGUGUUUUUCAUAUGACUUCAAGUGUCAUGUCAUAGAACUUGGCCAGAUAUUGAAAUAAUAACUAAACCAUAUGCACUCACUCAGAAGAAAGGAUGUAUUUGAUUAGUGUGUAUGUGAUGUCAGUAAUGAAACAUUGUAGAUGCAGUUCUUUACUAUUGAUAUAGAUCCAAAAAAUGAUCUCACAUUUGAGUUGUUUAAUUUAUAUGAACAGUUAUAUCAGGGUAAUUAAAACCUAAUAGUUAGCAGUCAUUGAUUUAUAAAUGAUUAAAUAUCUCUAAUGUGCCCAAAUUUUGUCCUUAGUCAUGCUAAGUACAUGAACUUCAUUAACCAAUAGGAGGGAUAGGCCAGUUUAUAUGUGCCAUUUUAUAGUUUUCUUUAUAUGCUAUUAAAGUACAUCCUAAAACAUGUAACUUAAACAAGUUUAAAAUAAUCUCAGUUUGCUUAAUAUAACAUAAAGUUUAAGACUGAGUGUAAUUAUAUUUUUAAAAAGCUGGUUUGGGAAAUAGAGGUAAAAGUAUUAUAUUUAUAGCACCUUUGCAUGGCAGGGCAUCCCCAAGCUCAAGAAACACCAUUUCCCUUGGAUGUGUCAUAGACCCUAUCAGAGGGAAUUGCCUGCUGGCCACAUUCUAGAGUAAGCAUAUAAGGGGACACAAGACAUCUGUUGAUCCUGUCUCCCUUAGCUUCUAGGCCAUAUCAUGAAAACCUCCCCUAUAUUUGUAUACAUAUAUACAUAUGUAUACGUGUAAUUAUAUAUACAUAUAUAUACAUACAUACACACACACUAUAUAUAGUGUGUGUGUAUGUGUGUAUGUGUGUGUGUGUGUGUGUGUGUGUGUGUGUGUGUGUGUGUGUGUGUAAGAUGAAUAAUUCCUCAUGUCUCCUAUGACCAUGAGAUGGAUUUACUUCUCCAGUGGAGAAGUCCACCAAUAUCCUAAAUUUCUCAAGCCUCAGAGAGGCAAAUACCAAUUAUUCUGCCUUCAGUAUCUCUCUUUGUAACUUAUUAGGAUGCUGUAACAAGGGGAACCCUAUGUCUAACUAACCCACUAGCCUAGUGCCAUUGGAUUUAUAUCAUAGUUCAACUGGUUGUGACAUUUCCCUGACAUUCAAAUUUGUUAGGAGUCCCAAGGAAAAUUUUAAGUAACAUAAGACAGAGCUAGCCAAGAGAACAGUCAGCACCCAAGGCUAAAGUCUGGACACUCAUUUAAACAUCAAGCAGCAGUUGCCAUCCAGUGAAUCUACCAUGUACAGCUAAGAGCAGAGCACUGCCUGGGGAGAAAGAACACUGGGCUAUGAAAGUGCAGCAUGACCAACCUCUUGGAGAGGUUGAUCUUCCAGAGAAGAUGGAACCUAUUCUUCUGUCCAUUCCCUUUGCAAUCCUGGAGGCCAGAAGGUUGAGAUAUUCAAUGUGGUGCUUGGCGAUAGAGAAGACUAUGACUCUUCUCCCCUGUGGAUUCAUCAAUAUUGGCCAUGCUUCUGUUUUACUUAGGGUUGUCAUUGUUUGAUAAACAAUGCAAACCAAAGCAAUUUGGGAAGGGAGUCAUAACAGGGAUCUAAACAGACCAACCUGAUGGCAGGAGCUGAUGAUGCAGAUGCCAUGAAGAGGUACAGCUUAGUUGUUUGCACUUAAGGCCUGCCCAGCCUUAGAGCAAAAAGGUGCAGCAGGUCAUGGGUGAACCCACUUGAAUAAACUGGUUCCUCCCAUACUGAUUUCUUGUUUAGAAAAUGUCCUAUAGCAGUGGUUUUCAACCUGUGGCAACUACUUUGAGGGUUAAUAACCCUUUAUAUAGGAUUCCUUAAGACCAACAUGCAUAUCCGAUAUUGACAUUGUGAUUUAUGACAGCAAAAGUACAAUUAUGAAGUAGCUACAAAUUUUUUUUGUGCGUUUUGUGGGUCACCACAACAUGAGGAAUUAUAUUAAAAUUCACAGCAUUAGGAAAGUUGGGAACAUUGCCUUAUAGGUUUGCCUACAGUUGGAUCUUAUGGGGACAUUUUCUCAAUUGGGGUUCCCAUCCUAAAUGAAUAGCUUGCAUCAUGCUGACAUAAAACUAGCCACAAUCAUUUUCAAUACAGCUAGCCACAGCAGUUCAUUAGGACUUGUCUCAUAUUUGAAGGUUUACUAACUAACUGCUACAUCUAAUGACCAGGUCCUGUUUAACUAACUGGUUAUUAAACUCUUGUCAGUUGAUAGCCUCAGGAAAAAAUGAAACCAAGGGCCUAGUCCUUGGCCUUUCAUAAAAAUCAGAUUUCUAUAACUAAAAGAAGUGGGGGAAUGAAGUGACUUGGGCUAGGUCAGGGUAUCCUGGCAUUAUGCCUCAUCCCUUUUGCAGUCUCUUCAAGCAAGUAAUUUGUGUCUCCCAUUUUCUGAGAAAGGUAGGAGUGGGUCUUCCUUACUGGGAGAGGAUCAAGAAGUAUACAAAAGGUCUUCUCAGAGAAAUAGUCUUAUAUAAUGUUACACAGAUUGAAGGGUCCCGCCCUUUUUGCUUGAAAAACCACAGUGAAAAGAGAAAAAGAAACAUAAUGUAAUACCUCAGUGUACAUCUCUGAUGUGAGUAUAGAUUUUCUUUUACUUGUAAAAUCCUAGCUUUCCUUGCUGCCUUACUGAAUUUCUCUGAGGUGUGACACUAUACAUGGUCAUCUGUAGUCUGGACUGGCUUUAAUAAUCAUUGUAAUUUCACAUAUAAUUUACUUACCACUUUAAAGUAAAAGUAGAAUUCUAAUGUUAAGAAUGGUAGCUGUUAAAAUUAGGUGGUAGAAAGAUAGAAGAUUCCUCUCUAGCAGCUAGUGUUCGUAGUAGACAAUCAAGGUAUGGUACGACAGGAGUAACAGUUGUCUUACUCAGCCUUGAACCCAGGGAGUAAAAUAAAUGUCAUGGCACGAUGUGGCAUGGAGCAAAAGUGACAGCAAAGUUAUGGGAGUGACCAAUUAUCUUCUGGUUGAAUUUAAUGAUCAUUCCAAAGGCUGUACAUAAUUAGUCUUUUUAAUUGGGUGAUUUGUACCAAAGGCCAGGAUCGGUUUGGGAAGGAGUUUUGAGGAAGGGGUGUUCACAAGCAGCAAAACAAAUGACUUGAAGUCAAAUUGUGGGUAUAAGCUGACAGCCUCUGUUCUGCUCCAGACAGCUUUCCAGAUACAAUGUAGAUCUUUGCUUUGUAGCCUGCUUGAGAUUGCUUUCUGGACAAGACAACUCUCUGUUCCAGAAAGCUCCCUCUUGUAGACAGGUCCCCCUAGAGGCAGUUCUCUUCUCGACAGUUCUCUUGUGAUAGACAAAUUCUAAAAGCUCUCUAAAUAACAUCUGGUUUUCUGACCAAAGUCAGAAACUUCUAAAAAAAACUGUGUUCACUCUCCAAGCAGCAUUCUUUGGCUAGAAAACAAUUCUUGGAGGAGUUAGAGAAAGGAUUGAAGGAGCUGAACACCCUCAUAGAAGCAGGGGAGGCGGGAUGGGAUAAGGAGUUUAUGAAUGGGGAAACCAGGAAAGGGAAUAACAUUUGAAAUGUAAAUUUAAAAAAUAUCCAAUAAGAAAGAAAGAAAAAGUUCUAGCCCUCCUUGGAUAGCAAAUCUCUUGCAGACCAAAAGCCCAGUCUUCUAUUUACAUAUCAAUUGAAUUGUCCACCUCAGGUUCCCUUUUCAUUAUCAGCAUCCCCUGACCUCAACUCCCUGAUUUGUAGAAAAGAACAGCAAGUAAAUUCUUCUAUUUUUUUUUUAUUUUUCAGCAUUGCAAACGAAUUUAGAGAUAUGCCUGCCUUUCUAAACACAGACAAUAAGUUUAAUUGGGUGAGAUCCUAUUCUGAGAUUACCAUUCCCACCAUGCCUGGGCCCUGAUCUAAACUCACUUGGGUCCAGGCUGACUUUGAACUCAGAAAUCUGGUAGGAAGUAAUCUGAGGUAAAUGAACGUGGAGGAAAUUUGAAUAAAGCACAUUAUUCAUGUAUUAAAUUCUGCCCAAGUGAAUACCAUUUUAAAAACUUCAAUUUGGAAAUACUCAAAUUAUCCUGUUUCAGCCAAAAAUUACAGAACAUGACUCAAGCUGUCACAAAAAUCAAACAAUGACAGCAUCUUCCUGGGAAGCUACCAUGAGCUUAUAUUUUAGUAUUGGUGCUGCUCUUUGGGAUUCAGGUGUUUUUCUAUAAUGUCUCUCCUGGGCUGCUUCCUCCUGGCCUAUCCUUUCCUGCUCCUCUGUCUCCCCUUCCCUUGUCUAGCAGAAGUCUAACCCUAUUCUCUCUUUUGCCCAGCUGUUGGGUGAUCAGCUCUUAUUAACAAGUCAGAUGAUAAAUGUGGAGGAAUGUUUAUACACAAUUGAGAGUGGAGAUGCUUAAAAUAAGCACUACAAGGCCAUGUCUAGAUUGCAUCCCUAUAUGGGGGCAGAGAAAUCAGCAUAUGAAUAAUACAAGGAUAAUAUUUACAGAGUGCACAAAAGCAAUAUGCCUACAACAUACUGUACCCGCAUGCAAAUUUCUUCACAUAUAUACAUAUAGUACUCUCUAGAUGAAAUACCUAGAGGAAGAACAUGCAGUGUUUACCUUUCUAAGACUAAGUAAUCUCAAUAUCAUAUAUACUAUGUCCAUCCAUUUUUCUGUAAAUUUUAUGAUUACAGUUUCUCUGAGCUAAACAGCAUCUCUUUCUCUCUCCCUCUCCCUCCCCCACCCUCCCCUCUGUGUCUGUGUGUGUAAUACACACUUAUAUUUAUUUUGAUACAAGUUUUUUACUUUUGGGAAUAAAGGAGCAAUAAAUAUGGGGACACAAAGACCUCUACAUACAGUAAAUUAUGAGGUCUUCUGAGCAUACUCUUAGGAUUGAAUUAGUAGGGACAGUGCAGAGACUAUCACCCUGGGUCUAAUAGAAUGAGGUCAUUAUGGGUGUGAAGUAUUGAUCUGUAAGGUUCCAGUGUUCACUGCAGCACCCAUAUAGUAUAUGCUGUUGUAGUCUCAGAGGCUACUUUGGGUCUGUGGCUCUGUCUUAGUUAAGGUCUCCAUUGCUGUGAAGAGAAACCAUAACCAAGAUAACUCUUAUAAGGACAACAUUUAAUUGGGGCUUACUGGUUAAGAGGUUCAGUCCAUUAUCAUCAAGGCAGGAGCAUGGGGUUCAACAUCUUCAUCUGAAGGUGGCUAGUGGAAGACUGACUUCCAGGAAGCUAGGGUGAGGGUCUUAACGCCACACUGACAGUGACACCCCUCCUUCAACAAGGUCACACCUCCUAAUAGUGCCACUCCUUGGGCAAAGUAUAUACAAACCAUCACAGGCUCUAACCACAGCCUGGAGAUAGUAAACUGCACUGCAUCUGAAGUUUAGUACCGGCCUUUAGCAGGUUCACAGGAUCUAAGAAAUGGUCAAGGAUUUGGCUUCAUGUGAUCACCUGGCUGUGUUGUGAGCAGCCCCACCGCUCACACUGAUUUCUGAGGCAUCUGGAAGGAAAUCCUUGUUGCGGGCUACUUUCCUAUGGCUGUGAGGGUGGAUACCAUUUCAAAAUGUUUGUACUCUGUAUACUCUUGUUUCCAUAGUAAAACUUGAAGUCUUGUGUAUUUAUGUCUGAACUGCAAACUACACGUUGGAGAAAUGACUGGAUAUGUGACCUGCUUUUAUUACAGACACCUUUAUACCAACAGAUAAACAGUGGUAGUCUCUGUUGGACAUAGGAAGCCUGUGAGUUGUUCUUACUCAAUGCUUUCUUGUAUUGAUUUCCUUUUCAAUGUUUGAGAGUCAGGGGCAUUAUUAAUUCACGACAGGAGACUUAGAGGAACCUUAGAGACACACAUGCUUGGGUGUGACAUGGGUAUGCCAAAUUUUAGCUUCAGAGUCAACUUUCUCAGUCUGUUUAAACAGCAUGUGUUCAUGCAUGUGUACUAUUAGCAAUACCCUGGGGCAAUUGUUUCUAUAUAUUUGAAAAGUAGAAACGCAAGAGUAUACGAGCUUGUUGGGGCAGAAACUGAAAGAUCCCCGAAGGGAGACCCUCACUCAAGUCUUGGGAAGUUGCAGACCCCAGACAUACGAGAGACCAGUCUUGAUGCAAUACGCAGUGGCAAGGUAUAUUUCGGAGCUCAGGGUCAACACAUAUCCCACACAGGAGACAGAGGGGUUGACCCUGAGUGUCUGGGAGAAGGGUUAUUUAAAGGAAGAAGUCACAAGCCCCAGGAGAUGAGGGGACGUCAAAAGGAAAUAUAAAAAAUGUCACAAGGGGAAACUCUCAAAGUCACAGAAUUGUUCUUAAUACUCUAGGGUUUGAAUCAGGGGAAAGGUCAAGCCCUCAUUCUCCUGAGAACAGAUCUUGAUUCCUGUCCUUUAGGGUAAAUGUCAGAGUUGACGAAGCAUUUGCAUCUGAUACACAUCUGGUUAGGCUUAGGCCCCGGUUUCCUGGAAUAAUAUCUGCAGGACAUAAUGGCUGGAACAUUAUCUGUAGGGCACAAUGGGGGCUUGAACAAACAUCACAGGGGCAGAACAGAACCUGUUACUCAUUUACUCACGUCUGGUGCCAUCCGGAGGGUCAGUGAGUCAGCACCAGUCCUCCUGCAUUUUUAACUAUCUGUCUUCCUGAGUCAGAUCCUGUUGCUGAGUUUUGAGCUAGUUUAAAACUCUAUCUCUCAAAAACAAGCUAGCUUUGUAUUUCCAGUCCAUUUGUUAGAAGCCACUGAGGAUCUAGAAGCAUAGUCAGGCACGCAAAGGCUGGUUUCAAACAUGAUCUUAAAAGGUUAACCUUUCCUUCCCAUAUUCAUUAGUGUAUUGCUUUGUUAUUUUAAUUAAUUAAUUAAGUCAACAUUUUUUUUCAGAAAGUAGUAAUACUAAAAUUACCACUAGAAAUGACUUGUAAGCCAAAUGUUUCUGUCAAAGGCUUGACUCAUAUCCAUACUUCUGUUGUGGUUCUGGGGUCGGAAACCAAGCUCAUUACCCAUAGUUGUUAUCCAGAUAGAGCUUUGUCUUCCCACACUCCAAGGCGGGUUACAAUCAGCAAAUGCGGUAAAGAGAAGACUUGUACCCUGGGUUCCGGAAUUUCCUUCGCACAGACUUCUGGGAGAUGUAGUCUACACCACUGUGACCGCAAGGAGUCUUCCGGGAAAUCCCAUUCUGACUUCAGGUCUGUACUCGUGGGUCUUUCUCAAAGUUGGCGGGAAAGCGUGUGCGGCUGUCCAUUUCUGUUGUCCGAUACAUGGAGGAAAUGCUGUCCUUCUGGGAUGUGGCCAUUGAUUUCUCUCCAGAAGAGUGGGAAUGCCUGGAGCCUGUUCAGUGGAAUCUGUACAGGGACGUGAUGUUAGAGAAUUACAGCAACUUUGUGUUCCUGGGUCUAACUUUCUCUAAGCCAUUCUUGGUAACAUUCCUGGAGCAAGGACAAGGGCCUUGGGAUAUGCAGAGACAAGCAGCCGCCGCUGUGCACCCAGGUGUGUAG